UUUCUCUCUUCAGAAACUAGAACAACUCAAUCAGUAUCCAGAUUUCAACAACUACUUGAUUUUUGUUCUUACGAAGUUGAAGUCUGAAGAUGAACCGACACGUUCCUUGAGUGGUCUCAUCUUGAAGAAUAAUGUAAAAGCACAUUUUCACAACUUUCCCAAUGGGGUAACUGACUUCAUUAAAAGUGAAUGUCUGAACAAUAUUGGUGAUUCCUCCCCCUUAAUUAGAGCUACUGUAGGCAUUCUGAUAACAACCAUUGCCUCAAAAGGGGAAUUACAGAAUUGGCCUGAACUCUUACCAAAGCUUUGCAGCCUGUUGGAUUCUGAAGAUUACAAUACCUGUGAGGGUGCAUUUGGCGCUCUUCAGAAGAUAUGUGAAGAUUCUGCUGAAAUUUUAGAUAGCGAUGUAUUGGACCGACCACUCAAUAUCAUGAUACCUAAAUUCUUGCAGUUCUUCAAGCACAGCAGUCCAAAAAUAAGAUCUCAUGCUGUUGCAUGCGUCAAUCAAUUUAUCAUCAGCAGAACUCAAGCUCUUAUGUUGCACAUAGAUUCUUUUAUUGAGAAUCUCUUUGCACUGGCUGGUGAUGAGGAGCCUGAAGUACGCAAAAACGUUUGCCGUGCUCUGGUAAUGUUGCUGGAAGUUCGAAUGGAUCGCCUGCUUCCUCAUAUGAUUAGUAUAGUUGAGUACAUGCUGCAGAGGACCCAGGACCAAGAUGAAAAUGUGGCUUUGGAGGCUUGUGAGUUUUGGCUGACCUUGGCUGAACAGCCAAUUUGUAAAGAUGUGUUAUGUCGGCAUCUUACUAAGCUGAUACCUGUGCUGGUAAAUGGUAUGAAAUAUUCAGAGAUCGAUAUUAUUCUGUUGAAGGGGGAUGUGGAAGAAGACGAAGCUAUUCCAGAUAGUGAACAGGACAUAAGACCUCGUUUUCAUCGUUCACGGACGGUGGCUCAGCAACAUGAAGAAGAUGGUAUUGAAGAUGAUGACGAUGAUGACGACGAACUUGAUGAUGAUGAUACUAUUUCUGACUGGAAUUUAA